AUGACCAAAUGUGUGAGAGAGGUCAUAGCUUCCCAUGUCGCGUCUUAUCCCCAGCAAAGCUCCAAUGGCCCUGUGAAGAAGUCCAUGCGCGAGAAGGCCGUGGAACGACGGAACGUGAACAAGGAGCACAACAGCAACUUCAAGGCCGGGUACAUCCCCAUUGAUGAAGACCGGCUCCACAGGACAGGGCUGCGUGGGCGGAAGGGCAGCCUGGCUGUCUGCGUGGUCGUGCUCCUGUUCAUCCUGGCAGUGAUCAACCUCAUCAUCACACUUGUCAUCUGGGCCGUGAUUCGCAUUGGACCAAACGGCUGUGAUAGCAUGGAGUUUCAUGAGAGCGGUCUGCUUCGAUUCAAGCAGGUAUCCGACAUGGGCGUCAUCCAUCCUCUGUACAAGAGCACAGUAGGAGGAAGGCGGAAUGAAAACCUGGUCAUCACCGGCAACAACCAGCCCAUUGUUUUUCAGCAAGGGACAACAAAGCUGAGUGUGGAGAAGACCAAGACUUCCAUCACGAGCGACGUGGGCAUGCAGUUCUUCGACCCGAGGACUCAAAACAUCCUGUUCAGCACUGACUACGAGACACAUGAGUUCCAUCUGCCCAGUGGGGUGAAGAGCCUGAAUGUCCAGAAAGCAUCCACGGAGAGGAUCACCAGCAAUGCCACCAGUGAUCUGAAUAUAAAAGUUGACGGGCGUGCCAUCGUGCGUGGAAAUGAAGGUGUCUUCAUUAUGGGCAAAACCAUCGAAUUUCACAUGGGUGGCGACUUGGAGCUAAAGGCUGAAAGCAGCAUCAUCCUGAAUGGAACGGUGAUGGUCAGCACGUCGCGGCUGCCCAGCUCCUCGGCCGGGGACCCAUUGGGCAGUAGCGCCUGGCUACGCUACAAGCUCUGCAUGUGUGCCGACGGGACCCUCUUCAAGGUGCAGGUCACCGGCCCCAACAUGGGCUGCCAGACCUCCGACAACCCCUGUGGGAACACACGCUAGGGCUAAGGUCGCCCACCGGGAGCACGGCUUGACUUCUCUGAGAGGAUGCAUGCCAGCUGUGUGGCACGGAGUGGGGUGAGCUUGCUGUGUUCACCUGUGGAGCCAGCACUGCAGUGUCUGGGGUGUCGCCUCUAGGCUGAGAGUCUCUGAGAGCCCACGUUUAAUACACUUGACUAAGUUGCACUGUGCUCCACAUGACUGUUCUCUAAUAAUCAUGAGCGUGAAUCAA